UUUAAAAGGGGCCGUUAAUUGAACUAUUAUGCGAUGCCCCAUUUACACGGUGAUCGCCCCCUCGGCCGAAACGGUAGCGGGCGGAUAUAUCGCGCGGCAGAGAUUUACGGCUUCAAUAUACCGAGACCAGCAGUUCGACAUAUACUACAUCAUCACCUCAAGACCUCAGUCUCACCGGUACAACUCUUACACUUCAACAAUCCAACAAGAACGCCGAAACCGAACGUAUAAAACUCCAGUAUCAAAUAUCAGUCUAUAAACACCAAUGGCACAAAUGAAAGUGUUAAUCAGCGGUGCUGGCAUCACUGGAAAUGCCCUCGCCUACUGGCUCUCCAAGUUAGGCCACGAUGUGACCGUCAUUGAACGUUAUCCUGAACUUCGAACCACUGGCCUUCAAGUCGAUCUCCGAGGUCCUGGAGUCGAAGUCCUGAAGUUGAUGGGACUCGACCAAGCUUUUCGCGCCAAGGCCGUGCCAGAACAAGGAUUUGCCGUCGUCGAUAGCUCCAACAGACGACGAGCCUACUUCGGAGUGAACAAUUCAGGCAAGGGGGUGCAGAGCUUCACUACUGAAUAUGAGAUCAUGAGAGGUGACCUGUGUCGUAUUAUGUACGACGUGAUAAAAGACAAGGUCGCUUUCCUAUUUGGAAUCUCCAUUGACAGCUUCAAGCAAAAGAACGAUGGUGUUGAAGUUCAUUUCACCGAUGGCAACACAGAUCACUUUGACUUCUUGGUUGGUGCUGACGGCAUGGGCUCAAACACCCGCAAGCUCAUGUUGGGACCUGGUGUACAAGACGCAUUACGUCCAGUGAAGGGUGCAUACACGGCAUACUUUACGAUUCCUCGUCCAAUUCAGGAGGGAGAAGAGUACAACUCAACAUUCUACCUGGCGACUAAAAGGCGAGCCAUCAUGACGCGAAGGCAUAAUCCAGAGGAGAUCCAGAUAUACCUCCCUUGCAACACGACCUCUGAUCGGAUGAAGAAGGCCCACCGAGACGGCGUAGAAGAACAGAAGAAGGCUCUGGCGGAGAUUUUCACCGACGCCGGCUGGCAGUCGAAAGAUAUCAUUCGAGACAUGUUUGACUCGGAGAACUUCUACUGCGAGCGCCUGGGUCUUGUCAAACUCGAUUCUUGGUUCAACGGCAAUGUUGCCCUUUGUGGUGAUGCUGCAUACUGUCCUUCGCCACUCACCGGCAUGGGAACAACCUCCGGUCUUGUAGGAGCUUAUGUCCUCGCUGGAGAGAUUAGCCGUCAUUGCGGAAAGCCAAAGGAGGGAGGCAAGCCUACUGAUGGUCUUGACGUGGCGUUCAAGAGUUAUGAUGACAAGUUCAGGCCAUUUAUUGAUCAGGUAACGCACGGAGUGGGUGACGACACCAUCUUUUGGAACAAGAUGCCAUCGUCGCCGUUUGCUAUUGCGCUCGUCAACUUGCUUCUGGGUAUAGCUGCCUUCUUGAGGCUGAAUGUUGUUGGAGAGUGGAUUCUGAAGGAGAAUGUGAAGUGGACGCUUCCCAACUACGACGGACUGAUGAGAAGUUGAUUGAUCAAGUUGUUUUCUUAUGAGCCUAUGAUACUGGCUAUGUAGAUUGUACAGUGAAGGUCUUGACAAAGACAUCACUCUAGUAUCACGGGUGUGUCUAGCAUUUAAUAUCUCUAUUUUAAUUUAAUCUAUUCUUCUUAUACUAAUUGUUCAUAUAUACUUUUAC